AUGCAUGUCCAGGAGACCAUCCAAGCUCCUAUAGACUUAGCAGACAGCCCCAGCAUAUCUUCCAAGGAAGGAAGCUCAGCAGCAGAAGGACUCAGUGUCAGCCCCAGGACCCUUGGGCAAGACACCUUCCAUGGCCCCGUUUCCUUCAUGAAAGCUGACACCUGUGCCAGAGAGUGGCUGAAAUACCAGGGCAAUUGCUAUGGCUAUUUUGAGACUCAGAUGACCUGGCACGAAGCAGAGAUUGAGUGCCAGAGUUAUGGGCGUGGGGCCCACCUUGCUUCCCUCCUUACCCAAGCAGAGACCCUUGUGGUAGCCAAUCACAUCGCUGCUUACCAGACUGACAUCAGCAAUGUCUGGAUUGGUUUGCAUGACAUCCGGCAUAAUGGAAGAUGGAGGUGGACAGAUGAGUCUACCUACAACUACAAAGCAUGGAUGCCGGGGGCACCCAACAACUCGGGGAAGGAUGAGUAUUGUGUUGAGGCAUUCUGUGAGCGAGGAAGUCGUUCCUGGUGA